AUGUCCUCACAACCUUCAACAGCGAGUCUCGGGAAGACUCUCGGUGCUCUCUAUGUCGGAGCGACCAUUGCCGCCAUUUUAUUCGGGAUAACAAAUUUACAAGCACUCAUUUACUACAAGAAGUACCCUAACGACUGGUGGGUUUACCGGUAUUCCGUAGCGCUCCUUUGGAUCCUCGACGCCCUUAAUGUCGCGUUGACCACUCACAGUCUCUAUUUUUAUCUGAUUGACAUGUUUGGAAACUUUGCCGGUGUCUUAGAGUAUGGCGUGUGGUAA